AUGUCUGAGUUCGACACGUCAAUCGGGGAUAGCACGAUAGAGGAGGAUGCGGCAUCCUGGAUGCCUCUAACAGUGGUCCACACAGCUUCCACGAUCGCCAUCCUCACAUAUCGAUCACGUAAUCGAUUGCACUAUCAACAUUACUCGGUCGCUAUUCCUCACGAAGAAGAUGAUUAUCGACUCAGUAUCUUCAGCCAAACCGUUAAGUUCAUAGACGGAAUAAACGCUCAAAAUCUAUCAUAUAAGCUGGGUAUCAACAAGUAUGCUGCAAUGACUCCCGAUGAGAUCUCAGCAGCUAAAUGUUGCAAGCUUAAAAGCAAUCUUCGAAAUAUCUCUGAGGGAAGAAUGAUUGAGUAUCCUCCACAUCAGCCACUUAGUGAUCUACCAAAGGACUUAAACUGGGUAACGCGCGGUGCUGUGAACCCACCAUUUAACCAAAGAGAUUGCAACUCAUGCUAUGCUUCGGCUGCCCUAGGAGCGAUGGAGGGCGCAUUCCAGAUCAAGACCGGUCAUCUGCCUAAAUUUUCAGUUCAGCAGAUUCCUGGUGACCUGAUUAACGGAAGAGGUGCGGUUCCCAAGGAGAGGCUAGAUAUCCUUAUCCAGGAGCUACAAUUUGGCCCCAUUGCUAUCCAAAUAUUCACCGAUACUCCAGCGUUCGACAACUACCGAAGUGGAAUUCUAGAUAUUCCGAAUUGUAACGGUGAACCAGAUCAUGGCAUGCUGCUUGUUGGAUACGGUGUCGAUGGAGGGAAACCGUAUUGGUUGCUGCAAGACUCAUUAGGGCCCCAGCGAGGAUUCUGCAACAUGCUAUCCGACGAAGCUUAUAGGCCCGUUUUGAACAAGGUGCUGAAAGCUAAGGCGUGCCUUGGCUAA